AUGGGGAGCGGGGAGGAGCGGGGAGCGGGGAGCGGGGAGCGGGAGCAGAUCCCGAACGGCCAUACACAUACGUCUCCGUUGGCGAGUCGAGCAGAGCCGCUCCGUACGCUCAGCCGCAGACGCCGCGUCUUGGCGCACACCCCGCGCGUCUCCGGCGGCGGAGCGGUGCCGCCGCUUCCACGGCUGGACGAGCGGGAUGCCCCGACGACGUCGAGGCCCUCACUGGGCGGAACGUUGAGGGCUAUCGGAGGCUCGUUCGCACUCAACAUGUGCCCGGGUGGUAUGGAGUAUCAACCCGUCGAAGUUCAAAUAGAAGAACAAGCGGGAUGCCCCGCGAGUGCGCACGGCAGCGAUGAUCACGCCGCCGCGUUUCCCGCCCAUGUGCCGACUCGGGCUUGGGGCUCGUACCAGAACCACACACAGGGCCGCCAGGCCGGGAAAGCACGACCAAAGGUCGAGAAAAGCAGAAAGCCACCAGCCACCAGCCACCAGCCACGCUACACGCCACGCCAGCAGCGGUCCAUUCUCGAAUAUUAA